AUGGAGGUGGUAUCGAGCAGCCAAUAUACUACAUCAGCCGCACGCACCUUAAAAGAUGCAGAAACUCGCUACCCAAGGGCAGAAAGAGCAUGCCUGGCCAUUGUAUACGCUUCACAGAGGUUGCGUCACUAUUUCUUGGCCUACGAAGUAUGGCUAAUGACUAAGUCUCAUGCCAUUAAAGCUCUGUUACAACAGUCGAUCCUCUCCGGUAGGAUAUCCCAGUGGUUGCUACAGUUAUUACAAUACGACUUGAGAAUGGGGACACCUAGGGCAAUGAAAAGUCAGGCUAUAGCAGAUUUAUUGACGCAGUUUCCAGGAGAGGAAGAAUUCCCACUGGAUGAUGAAGUUCCAGGGGAAGUAGCUAUGGCAGAAGAAGUCAAGGAACAGUGGGUAAUGAAAUUCGAUGAGUCUUCUACUACCCAUUCUGGAGGGGUGGGAGUAGUUCUGUAUCAUGAAAAAGACAAGGCAGUGGCGCUGUCAUUUAAGUUGGAAUUCCCCUGUUCAAACAACACGGUGGAGUACGAGACCUAUCUAACCGAGCUUGCCACAGCGCUCGAAAUGGGAGUCAAACAUUUGAGAGUACUGGGAGAUUCAAACUUGAGAAAUGAAAAUCGGUUUGCGGACGCGUUAGCUAGAUUAGGUUCGCAAAUAAUCUUCAAAGGGAAUAGCACUAAUAUAGAAGUCAGCAAGAGGGAAGAAUCCAUCAUUGAGGUGUUGAAGGAAAAGUUCCGAGAGGAACAGGGUGAAGGGGAUUGGCGAACCCCCAUAAAGGAAAUCUUGGUGAAGGGAGACGAUGCAGCAGAAUUAAAGAUAUUAAAAGACUAUGCCUUGGUAAAAGAAGAGUUGUACCGUAGGAUGCCAGGUGGGGUCUUAUCUAGAUGCGUGGGGCAAGAGGAAGUCCAGAGAAAAUUGAAAGAAAUACACGACAAGACUUGCAGGUCUUGCGGGGAAGUUAGUCUUUACCGCAGACUUCAGAGAGCAGGUUUCUAUUGGCCAAGCAUGGGUAAAGACGCAGAUCAAGUCUAA